CCUUUGGAGAGAGACUAGUUUUUCUGUUAUUUGGCCAUGUCCGGGCGAGGCAAGCAAGGAGGCAAAGCUCGCGCUAAAGCGAAGUCUCGUUCUUCUCGCGCGGGCUUACAGUUCCCCGUGGGCCGUGUGCACCGCCUGCUCCGCAAGGGCAACUACGCCGAGCGGGUCGGAGCCGGCGCGCCCGUGUACCUGGCGGCGGUGCUGGAGUAUCUGACCGCCGAGAUCCUGGAGCUGGCGGGCAACGCGGCCCGCGACAACAAGAAGACGCGCAUCAUCCCGCGCCACCUGCAGCUGGCCAUCCGCAACGACGAGGAGCUCAACAAGCUGCUGGGUCGCGUGACCAUCGCGCAGGGCGGCGUCCUGCCCAACAUCCAGGCGGUGCUGCUGCCCAAGAAGACCGAGAGUCACCAUAAGGCCAAGGGCAAGUGAUUUGAUAGGCAUCUGAGCUUCCGGUAAACGUUUUCAAUCCUAAAGGCUCUUUUCAGAGCCCCCCACCGUUUCAAGGGAAGAGCUAAAUCACAGUUGUAGAUAGGGAAAAGCACUAAGCACAUCUCCUGAAGGUCAAGGGCCCCAUCUUAUUAUAUUGUUCAUAGUCAGCAUAAAUAAACCCUGGCAUACAACAGAUACUUGACAACUGGGCAUUGAGUAAAUGGUGAGCUGAAUUAAUGUUACUGGGCAACCAAGAAACACAUUGUUCCAGAGGGUCAGUGUAUUACCAGGGAAGACAUCAAGUACACACCAGACAAACAGGCUGCUAAUUGCAUGUUGUCUUUCCAGUAGAAAAUCUCUUCUGAAAAUCCAAUUCAUAUUGGCAACUUGUUUGGGGAACUUCAGAGAAACACAGAAGGUGCCAGAUGACCACUUCUUACCUAAGAGGUUUCAAAAAGCUGCUCAUCACAGAGAGAUGCCAAGAUCUUGAGUAUCAGCCAAACCCACCAAUUCUCAGAAAAAAAUGGAUGGAUGGUCUCAACAUUCCUACAUCACUGAUGGAUUCUGCACCUGAAAAUUUUUUCCUAUUAAAAACUUACUCUAGAUUUA